AUGGUUAAAAACUCGUUGAAACAGGCCAUUCGGCCGCUGGCCAACCUGCGCACUUCCGUGGUGCCGCGAUCAAUCCGCAAAUUCAGCUCAUCUCCCUCCCAUGGCUUGAAGGCCAUCUUCACUGAGACCGACAACUCCAGGUUGAACGAAGUCCUCAGCAAUAUCCAAGAGAAGAUCAUUCUCCCCUCAUACCUCCCCGAAAAGCAGCGCGAGCUCGUCCUCAACCCCAAGUCCCGAAACUACAUCCAACAAAACCCCAUCAUCAUCGAGGUCGAUGGCCUUGAGCACAAGUUCUCCACCAUCGAUCGGUUCACCGAAAUCCCCAACUCCAAGAAGGCUCUCCUGAGCGCUCUCGAUUUGAUGAAGACCAAGGAGGACUGGGACAACCUGGGCACGCUCUUAGCAGGUUACCAAAAGGCCGGCAUUAAGCUCCCCAAGCACCACUACAUGAAGAUGAUCCGCAGAGCUGGCCGCAACGGACAAAUCUACUCAAUCAUUGAGUGUGCCAAGCAGGCGCAGAAGACCGGCUUCGAGCUGUCCCAGAAGGAGCAUGUUAUCCAGCUGUUGAGCUUCAUCAGCAACAAGAUCACCCACGUUGGCCCCGGGGAGGCCAAGUCAGUGGAUGCUUUGAGAUGGACUGAGAUUGUCUUGGACCUCCUCCAGCGACCCCCGCACGUCAACGAGAGCUUGAGUGCGCUCGAGCAAACACAGUCUCACCCCCUUGUGCGCGGACAGGUCCUGUUUUCCCAAGCGUCUACCGUUCAGUAUCUGAAGCAACAGGAGAAGCCGGCCGAGAAAGAGUUGGUAGCUCUCUCCGAUAGCACGCAGGCUCUCACAAGCUUGUGGUCUCGCGGGCUUAAGGAGGGAGAGGAGCUCAAGGUUCCUUCCGCGAUUUCGGACUUGAGGCCUCACCAGGAGCAGAACCUGCCCAAGAACAAGGGCCGCGCCACCCUUUCCAUGAGUGAAUUCGUUCAGGCCGUUGCCCUGAACAUCAAGGGUAUGUCGUUGGCCCGAGAGAUCCUCGGCGAUGCCGCCAAGGGUCUGGAGCCCAUCGAAAAGCAGUUGGAGGAGCACUUGAAGGAGUUUGUGGAGUCCAGUUCCAAGUAUAAUGAGCCUUCUGUCGACGUGUACGAGAAGGUCAUGGGAAAGAAGCCCGUCUGGGCUGCCCCAGCACAGCCAGCCGCUGAGGCAUGA